CAGUCUCCUCUACACCGGAGAAUCAGUCAAACUCGCAGGGCGUGACGGCCAGACGGGGACCAAAGAUGUCACUUUCAUAUAUUUAUCAAUUAUCAUAUGUAUGGACGAUUCAGACGAAGGUACGAAGGCACAACGAUAAAUAUCUUCAGUUUUCAACCCAAUCAUCAACCCACCCCACAAUAGGAGAUAGUGUGAAAUAAAAAUCCAAAGAUGACUGCGGAAACCGAAAUUUCCAGCCCCAAAGUCGUAGGGGUUGGGGGUGGAGGUGAAGGUGAAGGUGAAGGUGAAGGUGGAGCGGCAGACAUGGAAGCCUCUGUUUUUUCUUCUUCCCCGCACAAUCGGCUGGAAGGAGUUGGGGAUGGAGUAGUGGAAAAUUCCAGUAUACCCAACAACAGCAACAACGUUGGGAGGAAAAACAACAAACUCAAACUCAUCCCGCUCAUCUUUCUCAUCUACUUUGAAGUCUCCGGUGGCCCUUACGGCGAAGAAACAGCUGUCCAAGCUGCCGGACCCCUUCUGUCCAUCGUUGGUUUCCUCGUAUUCCCAUUUAUAUGGAGCAUCCCUGAAGCCCUCAUCACUGCGGAGCUCGCAACCACCUUCCCCGGCAACGGCGGUUUCGUCAUCUGGGCAGAACGAGCUUUUGGUCCCUUUUGGGGUAAUCUCAUGGGCUUUUGGAAAUUCUUCAGUGGUGUCAUUAGCAACGCGGCAUACCCUGUUCUUUGUGUUGAUUACCUCAAACGUGUCUUCCCAAUCUUCGAUUCGGGUGCCCCUCGCGUUAUUGCCAUAUGUGGAGCCACUGUAUCAUUGACUUUCCUCAAUUAUACAGGCCUCACCAUCGUUGGUUACACUGCGGUUGCUCUGGGCGUCGUAUCUAUGAUUCCUUUCUAUAUAAUGGGUCUCGUAUCCAUACCCAAACUCCAUCCCCAUAGAUGGCUCAGCAUGGGCGAUCCUGGAUUGAAGAAAGAUUGGCACUUGUACUUGAAUACUCUGUUUUGGAACUUGAAUUUCUGGGAUAAUGCUAGUACUUUGGCAGGUGAGGUGGAUCGGCCUCAGAAGACCUUCCCCAAAGCACUGAUGUCAGCUGGAAUUAUAACCGUUGUAGGUUAUCUGGUACCUCUAUUAGCCGCCACGGGAGCUUUGGAAUUAGAACAAGAUAAGUGGGGUGAUGGGUACUUGGCGGACGCAGCAGGGAUGAUCGUCGGCAAGUGGCUUAAAUACUGGGUCGAGGUGGGUGCCGUGUUGUCUGCCAUCGGUCUCUUCCAAGCCCAAUUGAGCAGCACAGCCUUCCAGGUGGUGGGCAUGGCAGAUCUUGGGUUCAUCCCGAAAUUCUUUGCGGUGAGAUCGAAAUGGUUCAAUACCCCAUGGAUUGGGAUCGUAUUGUCGAGCGCGAUCACGCUGGGAAUCUCGUUCAUGAACUUCACAAGCAUCAUAUCAUCUUCAAAUUUCUUGUACAGCUUAGGGAUGCUAUUGGAGAUAGCAUCCUUCAUCUGGUUAAGGAAGAAGUAUCCCAAGUUGGAUAGGCCAUACAAGGUCCCCAUGGGAAUGCCUGGGGUGGUGGCAAUGUGCUUGAUCCCAACUGGGUUCUUGAUAUUGGUGAUGGUUUUAGGGGACAUGCUGGUGUAUGUCAUCAGUGCUGCUCUCACUAUGGUUGGGAUUGCAAGCUACUUCCUCAUGAAAUUGUGCAAGGCUCGCAGCUGUCUCGAGUUCACUAAGCGGGAGGAGCACAGGGACGAAGAGAAUGGGAGCAUCAGUGAGGAGUAACGGUAAGAUGGACUACUCGUCUCUUUGACCCUUUUGGGGGAUUGGGUAACAUGUGUUUUUGUAUGGUGUGAAUUGUGAAGAAA